AGUGCACGAUACCUUUUACCGGGAGCGAGACGGGCAGUUGCAAACGCUCGAGCAAAGACUUCGCUACCAUAGUUUAGAGGAAUUGCUAGCGUUGGAGCAGCACAAAAAGGAAGGGAUUGAUGCGGAAUCACCCCAAGGCAGCGCACGAAUCUCUUACAACAUAAACGAACCACUGUUUUUGCGCCUGUGUGAGGUAGUAAGCUUCGACAAGCAUAUCCUGCCCGAUGGGAAUUAUUUUCUAGCCGAUGGAUUGGCAUGCAUCUGCGACGAUUUGGAGUUGUACCUGGAGAUGCUCAACAUUUUGCAGCUGCACGCCGCGUACGAUGAGCAGCAGUGCACCAGGAGCCCACUGUACCAAAAGGUUCUGCUCAAGUUCGACCUACUAAACGGUGGAUUUGAGCGGCUGUUGAAAAACGAUGCGGCCUCCACGCUAAAUCUCAUCAAAACCAGGAACCUUGCCGAGCGAUUGUUGGCCAUCUUUCGUGUCCCUUACCAUCCGUCGGUAAGGAAGCUGCUGCAGCAAACCGAACACACGUUCAUUAUGCGAUGGGCAAUCGGGCAGAUCAGUCUGAAGGAGGGGGAGGAUUCGCAGUGCGUGACCGUGUUGCAGCCGGAUAAACUGGCCACGGAAGAGCAAAUGCAGCGAUGUUUCCUCCACGUCGUAGCGGAAUAUCUGCAGUACGAAGGGCCAAGCCUGAACGAGGCUCACGAGCUGCUGGAUCGGUUGGAACUGAAUGUGUUCAGCAGUUUGGAUUUGUUCUAUCUGUUUGAUCUGUGUCGAAUACUGCUGGCGCAAACUUCCCAUGAGGUGGUGGCCGUAUGGGUACUGAGAAACCUGGUAGAUGUGUGCAAAAACCACUACACCAAUCCUGACAUUACGGAGCAGAUUAUCGAUCUGUACGGUGCUUUAACCGCCUUCGUGAGCCCGUACGAAGACAUGAUCCGCAACGUAACGAUCGUGCUGUACUCGUUCGUAAAACAGUGCGCCAAACACACGUACUCUACCGAGCUGCAGGUGAAGAUACUGGCGCAGGUGAAGUAUCUGCUCCGCGCUUACCCGCAGCACAUCCGUACGCCAACGCACGAGAGCAUCUACAACGGAUUGGUGCCGUUGCUGAGCAGCCCAAGCUAUCGCAUCAAGCUGGAAGCGGUCAGGAAUAUUCUGCACUUCAUGCAGCUCGAAUGGUCACAUCCUGACCUUUCUUCGGUUCCGUGCAGCUUUUACGAGUUUCAGCUGCAACUGUACGAUCAAAUUCAGUUCGAGGAGCUACUAGCGACCGACGGUGGGAUGGACAUGAACGAUGAGAGAAUGAACGUGAUUAGCGGCUGCCUUCAGCUGCUGUUGGGCAUCUUUCGCAUUAGCUUCAUGCUGCGUCGGCGCGCGUUGUGCGAUUUUGUGCUGCUCGUUCAGUUGGGAAGCGUAAACGAUGACAAAAUGGCAAACACCAUACGGCUUAUGCGCACCUCCAGCGAUAUCGACUUCUGCCAGCUGCUUCAAGCUAACCUGGACACCGUACUCGAGCUAUGGCUAACCAAAGGGAAUCGGUUGCUGCAUUUCCCGUUCCGUCUAGCGGGAAAGAUCGCCACGAUCGAAGAGUUUAUCCAACUGUUCAAGAAAAACAUUUCCUUCGUCAUACUCUGCAUGCAGCCGGAACGGUUCGAACAGUUCUGCAAAUCGAUUGGCGUACAGCAGGCAGAAAUGGUGAAGAGUAUACUGCCGAAAUGUGUUUCGUUCCUUCUGCCCAAGUACGCCAAAUGUGAAGGGAUGGCGCCCAAGUAUGAUGCAAUAGCUAGUCGGAUGCACAAAGCACUUGCCCCUAUAAUAAGCACGGUAGAUCUUAAAGAUUACGUGUCGGAAAUUAUCAAACACCUCACCCACCGAUUGAACGAUCACGUUGAGCUGGGCAAGCUGUUGGACCAGGACCUGCCAAGCUGCUUCGUUGCCGAUCUGUCGCUUAGCAAAGCCACUUACUCGACGGCGCUCGAGCACCUGAAACAGUCGGUAUGGGGAUCGCAAUCGUUCAAGUACACGCUGCUGAGCAAUUUGUGUUUUAAAAACAGCUCACCAAUUGAACGCACCCUAACGGAUGUCAAACGCUGGCUUUGGGCGGCUGAUGAACCGGAGCAGAAAAUGGUACAUCUCUUCCAGUACACGGUGUUUCUCGACCAUCUGAAAGAGUACAUCGGACAGCAGAAGGAACGCGCGUUCAAACCCUAUCUCGUGCGAGAUGUGGUGUAUUUCCUGUGCAACUUGUUGUCCUCCUUUCCCGCCCUACGACUUGCCACGCUCAACAGCUUCGGGCGGUUCCUGGAGCACGUGGUCGCAUCUAGCGAUGCGUGCGAGCUGCUCUCGGAACAUUUGCACUUCAUAGUGUCAUCAUUGCUGGAGGUGGAAAAUGUCGAUCCGGCAUCGGAGAUUUCUCAAAAAUCGCUAACUCUGCUACGGUUUCUGAUCUUACACACUCUGCCGCGUUUGCGGGUGCGAUCGGUAAGCUGA